AAAUUGUUUUCUUUACAUAAGCGCGACGCAGUACGUCAACUUGCGCGAUGACACUCUGUUGACGCGUAGUAAAAACAGCAUACCACUAUUGCUUGACAGUAAAAAACACGCACAACACUUUUGAUUCCAGGCAGUCAAUACCAAAAUUCUGAAGCAAUAACAAGGAGCAGCAGUAGAGCAAGGGGGGAUUAACGCAGUCAGAUACUUUUCGCAUAUUUCAGAGCUUACUCGUGUUGUUUCACGUUUUCACAUAUUUCUGCAAAUACAGAAACUUCGAAAUAAUAUUUUUCUGCACCUCACAGCUUUUAGAAUAUUGCUCAAUAUUGCACGUCUGAGCAGUGCUAUGUCCCGAACUGUAAAGCAAUUGAUAUCUCUACUAGUUCGCUACGGUUCGUUAUUGGUCUGCAGCGGUUUGAGAUAGUCAGUUGACAAUCUUCUUGAUCCUCCUACUGAUGGCCGAAUCGCAAAAGCAUGGCGUUACUCAGUAGACGAAUAUGGAGUACAUUAAUUUCGCAAAGCUGUGGUAUUUCAGGUGUGUCCCAUAAACAUUUCAAGUCUGUUUUGACAAAGCGAAAAGAACAUUUUAUCUCUGCUCGCUGGAAAUCGGAGAAGUCUCGUGUAGAACAAAAUAAUCAGGAAACGCGUACAGUAAAUAAUGAAUUGUCAGGAUUUUCAUCGUUUGAAGAAAUGAUUGAAACUCGACGUUCUGAAGCUCGAAAAAGCAUUGUUGUGCAAGUUCAUUCAGAACAGUCCUGCCCAGAACUGUAUUCUUACUGUUGUCAGUUUGGCACUGUUAAAUCCAUGCAUCACUACACAUUACCAGGCCCUUCUCAUUAUGUUAUUGUGGAAUUUGGCAAAGAAGCAGAUGUUUACAAUGUUCUUCACAAUAGUGGCCACCUUGAUACAAAUCAAAUUGUACCAGUUCGAUCACCAUUCCUUUGGUUUCGAAUUGGAAGAGGCAAAAUGAAGAUGGAAACUCCCUUGUCAAAAAUUCCACUUCUGGAGAUUGAUGGAAACAAUUCACCUUCAAAUGAUAAUUUGUACAGUUGGCUGCAUGCUGCAGAAUCUGUUUCUGAUCAAAUGCGUAUUCUACAUGAGGAAACUAGUCUCACAAGUUUGGGCUCACGUCUGAGGUUUCUUACAGCCCUUCAAAUUGAGCAAGCUCUAAGUGGCCCAUUCCCAAGAAUUAAAGCUUACCCGUUUGGCUCCACUGUCAAUAGCUUUGGUAAGAUGAACUGUGAUUUGGACUUGGUUUUAGAAUUGGACAAGGAAGAGGCUAGUUCUGAUUGCCGACUCAUCUUCCAUGCCAAAAAUUCAUUGACAAAUGGUCGCACUCAAGUUCAGCGACACAUGGAAACAAUUGGUGAUAUAUGUCAACUGUUCCUUCCUGGAUGUGCCAAUGUUCGGCGCAUUCUACAGGCACGCGUUCCUAUUGUCAAAUAUCGUCAAGAACUUACUGGUGUGGAGUGUGACUUGUCAAUGACAAAUAUGUCUGCUGUUUACAUGUCUGAACUUCUCUUUGUGCUGGGUUCAGUAGACAAACGUGUGCGUCCACUAGUACAAGCAGUACGGACAUGGGCUCGAGAUGUUGGACUCACAAACCCUACGCCAGGGCGCUGGAUCACCAAUUUUUCUUUGACUCUUUUGGUCUUGUUUUAUUUGCAACAAUCUUUGCCGCAUCCAGUGAUACCAACUUUCAACAAAUUGAUUUCCAUGGCAUCAGCUGCAGACAAAAUAAUCACUACAGAAGGAGUAAAUUGUACAUUUGUUCGAGACUUGAAAGCAGUAAAGAAGUAUAUGGACCGUCAGCCAAAGAACACAGACCUUCUGGAAGAUUUGCUUCUAAAAUUUUUUGAAUAUUAUUGUACUUUCGAUUUUGGUAGCCAUGCUAUUUCUCUUGCAACUGGGACUCCUAUUCCAAAACCAGAGCAUGCUGCUCUCUAUAUUGUGAAUCCACUGGAACGAGGUUUAAAUGUCAGCAAAAAUGUGAGCCUUGAGGAACUGGAGAGACUAAGAAUUGAGUUCAGAAAUGCUGCUUGGGCUUUAGAGUCAUACAUUAAGCAGCCUACUGGUGGAGGUGAACUAUGGGGCUUGGUUGCUAUUUGUCAGGCUCCAAAACUACAAGCAAAGGGAAAGAAUGUGUUCUACAUCCCACCCAAAUUAACAGAAAAACCAAGAAGGUUUAACGUGCAAGAACUAUUUGAAGAAGACUUAAAUGUGAAAGAUGUGCAUGAGAAAUGUAGUGUAAUGACCAAUUUGACUGAUUCCAUCCCUCAAGGAGUAGCAUCAAAUAAACAGUCUGAAGGGAAAGCAAUUGCGGAGUCAGUGUUGAUGGACAUAAAGACUCGCCCUGCACGGCGAAAAAAACGAUGAUUGGUGCUUCUUAGAAAAAUUUAAGUAUAUACAGUUUGUAUGAAAAUAAACAUUAGUUUUCAUUAUAUUAAAAUUUUAAAUAUUGUUUUCUAUUUUUCUGUUUAUGUGCACUUUAUUUAAUUACAAUGUUUGUGGGGCAGAGUUUAUGAAU